AUGGCGCUGUACUGCGUGCUGGGUAUUGCUCACGAUGCCACGAAGGAAGAGGUGCGCUCUGCCUACAAGCGCCAGGCCCUGACAGCACAUCCAGACAAAGGCGGCUGUAAGGAGACCUUCCACGCCGUGACGCGCGCCUUCGAGACUCUGUACGACGAUGCGGCGCGAGGGUGCUAUGACAGCCGCCUGGCGAAGCGUGCCGAGAAAGCCGCGCGGUCACGGUGCACUGGGCCCAACUGUGGCACGAACGCAGACGAGCCGCUGCCCAGCAAGCGCUGCCCAGGCGCGUCGGCCACGGGCCAGCGCGCCCCGGAGCCACCGGCAGGGCCACAGGCGGCCGCCCCUGGCGGAAGCCCCGUCGGCGGCUCCAGGCACGCGCAGGGCCGAGCGCGCGCCCCGGCCGCGGCGGGCCCGCGCGCGCGGGCAGCGCCGUCGGCCGCGGAGGAGCCGGAGGGGCGCCGCGACCAGAUCUGCGAGCAGCUCCGGGCUCUGCUGCAGUGCCUUGGCCCCGCCGCUCGCCGCUCUGUGCUCGAGGGCGCCUUCACCCAGGCACAGCGCCGCGCGCUGGAGCAGUGGAUGACGCGCCGCGGUGCCGAAGGGGGCCAGGCUGCGGAGGCUCCGUCCGAGGCAGCUCUGAUAGUCGCGGACGUCGCCAGCUCGUCUGGAGACUCUAGCAGCAGCGAGGGCGCCUCCGGAGACGAGGUAGACGGCCCCGUGCUCGCGCUGGAGGAGGUGCGAUCGAGGUACGAUACCACGUCGGGGCACACAGAGGUACCGAGCUGCAGACCUACGGCCUUGGGAAGAGCGACAGUGCACGAGGAGAGGCUGGCUGGGAGAAGGUGCGCUGCGUCCACCGCAGGCAGCUGA